CCUUACUUGUCCCUUCUAUCCGUAACCCGGAUGUGUUUAUCAUCCCAAUCCUACAUCUGACAACAAACGGAGCACGUCUGCCGUUUCAUAAGACUUGUUUUAUUUUUUAGUAAUCAUCAAUCUUCCAUAAUACAGAAAAGGCUACGGUUUAUAUGUGCAGCUCCGCAUCAUGUCCGCUGAUCUGGAUCUUUCUCCUCCGGAGGUGCCUGAACCCACUUUCUUCGAGAGCCUCCUGCGUUAUGGAUUAUUUCUAGGAGCCAUUUUUCAACUCAUCUGUAUUUUGGCAAUAAUCAUACCCACAUCCAAGAGCCACGAACAGGUGGAGACGCCGGAGCCGGCUGACGCUCGCAGCUCUGAGCAGAACCGAAAGCCCAAGGGACCUGUUCAACAAAUCCGGCAGAAACUGAAAAAGGAGAGCAAGAAGAAGAGAUAGAGAGUGUGCGAGACUGAACAGUAAUGAUGGAUUCACUUACAGCAUUAGAGGACGAGGAUCCAACGAGAUAUUGCUUAGUUCAGACAUUAGAUCAUCCGGUUUGCUCCAGCUUCCAGAUGAUCUAAUCUCUUGAGUUUGGGGUUUGCCAUGUCUUUCAAAACAGUGUUUGUAUGUCAUGUUAUGUAUCAUUGAUUUUGAGUAAUCUUUGGUUUUAUUUUUUAUGCCAGUUUCAAGUACAUUGAUAUGAAUAAACUGAUGACCAUU